AACCCCCCACCAUUAUCUUUGGGCGGCCCCCACCGAUGGGUUUUCUUAUCACGUUCACGUUUAAACCUGUUAAGCCUAAGCGGGUGCAAAUCUUUGCCCGGCGCGUGCUCAGGCGCCACCCCCCCGGAAUAAAAUCCUGCGGUUGCCGACUCAACUCAGUUUCUCCUCCCUCCCCUCUCCUCUGGUCCUUAACUGGAUCGGACGAGCAUCUUUGAUCAUGGCUAGGUUCGGCAGUCGUGCGAUCUCCGCGAUCGAGCUGGAGUCCAGCCAGGACUCGCGGUGGUCCAACGAAGAUCUGCUUCCCACGCCCCCGGAGCAGUGCACUUGGCGUUGGUGGAAUUAUGUGUCCUUCUACUGGUCUAUUUCCUUUACCAAUUGGACUCUGGGAUCGACCAUGGUCGGUAUUGGUCUCAACUGGUGGCAGGCUAUUGUCGUCAUCUUCGUCUCCCAGUGCAUCUCCUCCGUGGCUAUGGCCUUCAACUCCCGUGCCGCUAGUAUCUAUCAUAUCGGGUUCCCGUGCGUCGGCCGCAGCGUGUUUGGAAUGUGGGGAAGCUAUUACUUUGUUGGAGCCAGAGCGGUGCUGGCCAUCGUGUGGUUUGCCGUGCAGAUGGACUUUGGUGCGGAGUACAUGUACAACAUCCUUCGCGCCAUCUUUGGACAUCAUUACACGGAUAUCCCCAACCACAUCCCGGCUAGUGCGGGCAUCACCACGCAGAAGAUGCUGGCGUUCUUUCUGACCUGGCUCGCGCAUUUGCCUUUUUGCCACUUCCGUCCAUACCAGCUGCGCAAGUUCUUCAUCUUCAAGACUUUCAUCUCGCUGCCUGCCAUGUUCGGAUUGUUCAUUUUCGCCAUGGCCAACACCAAGGGACAUCUGGGAACGAUGUACUCUGCUUCGUCGCGGUCUACCACGGCUACGGCCUGGAUGAUUAUCUCUGGUAUCAACAGUGGUCUGGGUAACACCGCCACGCUGAUCACCAACCAACCCGAUUACUGCCGCUGGACGCGAACCCGUCAGGCUCCGCUAUGGACGCAACUGAUCUCCAACCCUAUUGCCGUCACCCUCUCCGCGAGUCUGGGUAUCCUAGCCACCUCCGCCAUCAACAACAAAUACGGAACCGACAUCUGGAACCAAUGGGACCUGAUGCAGUUCAUCCUCGACCGGUACUGGUCCGGCACGACCCGAUUCGCCGUGUUCUUGGUGGCAUUUGCCUGGCUAGUCCAGAUCAUGGGCACCAACGUAGCCGCAAACAUGAUCUCCUUCGGAGCCGACUCGUCCAUGUUAUUCCCCCGUUUCAUCAACAUGCGUCGCGGACAGUACAUUGUGCAGGUCCUGGCCUGGGCCGUUGUUCCUUGGGAAAUUCUCGUCUCUGCCUCCAAAUUCGAGGACUUCCUCUCCGGAUACGCCUUGUUCAUGGGUGCCGUGGUCGCCAUCAUGGUGUGCGAGUAUUUCAUCUUCUCGAAGGGUAACAUCUUCGUCUCAUCGCUAUACGACGGCACCAAACUCAACAAAAAUUACCGAUACACCGGCGGGUGGAACAUCCAAGCCGUGAUCGCCUACAUCAUUGCCAUUGCCUUUCCCUUCCCUGGCUUCGUCGGAUCCCUCGGCGCCAACGUUUCCACAACAGCCACCCGAAUGGGCGACCUCGGCUGGAUCCUCUCCUUCACUACGGGGUUCAUCUGCUACUACGUGAUCUGCACGUUCUGGCCGACGGAUAACCACCGCCUGAUUAAAGAGCAGGGGUACACGUGGGAGCAGACAGCCAAGGAUGACAACGGGGAGUUCUAUCUUAAUGGGGCGAAUGUGGGAGGUGUUACUUGUGAAGAGGUGGUUUUGGAUAAGGGGGCGGAGAAGUCUUCGUUUCCGUGAUUGAAGGGUAAGGUUGGGUGAGAUGGAUGGGUUUGUUGGUUGAUGGAUUGGUUUGUUGGUUGGGCUGGAUUAGACUAUUUACUCUACUCUAUUUAUGAUGCUCUGGUAGUGAUAAUGAAUUUUUUUGAUAUGAG